CUGCCGGUAUACAUUGAUAACUCCAGUGUACAUAUUAACACAGCGCCUUGCCAAGCAGGACGACCUAGUUACUGCCACGAUAGUUUACGCGUGAAUGAAUUCCAUGGAUUUGGGAUUGAAGAGCGUUGAGGUUGACCCGGCCCAUGUGUGACCGGCACCCAUUAGAUGUGUUAGGCAUUGCUGUUCAGGAUAAGACAACAGGACACCUGUCAAAGACUACUGACCAGGUCAUUAUUGGGUUGCCAUGGAAACCACUACAUACAGUCCGCCGUGGUGGAAGUGGGUGGUGAUGAUGGCGUCAUUCUUCGCCCUACUGAUUGGUUCUACAGUGUCCUACUGUGCCGGUGUCGUCCACGUCGCCAUGCUGGACUACUACCACGAGGAUGUGACCGUCACGGCGUGGCUGGGGUCGCUCUUCGCCAGCAUGUUCGCUCUCACAGGUCCUAUCGCCAGUUUGGUGAUCAACAUGUUCAGCUGUCGAACUUGUGUCAUGCUGGGUGGCGUCUUGCAGCUGGUGGGGUUUGCCUGUAGUGUUUUUGUCACUGACAUGAGAUGGCUCUUCCUGACCUACGCUAUUCUUGUGGGUUUGGGGGAGGGCUUGGUCUACACCGGCUCCAUCGUCAUUCUAGGCUUCUACUUCCGGGAUCAGGUGAGCUUAGUGACUGGCGUGGGAAUGGCGGGAGUUGGGAUGGGCACCUUCUUCCUCCCUCCACUGACUCAGUACCUGCUGGACAACUACGGACUUAAAGGAUGCUUCCUCUUCUUGGGAGCAAUAGCGUUCCACGCAGCGGAAUUCGGGGCACUCAUGAGACCGUCGAAUCUCGAGACGGAGUUAGCGGUCAGUGCUAAAUCAGGGAAAUCUGUCUGUCAACGAAUCCUUACUUCUUUGUGUGGACGAUGUGAUCGGGUAGGGGAGAUGUUCCACCCAGCAUUUCUCCUGUUGCUGUUGGCAACGUUCUCCUUCAGCGUCGGUAACUUCAUCUCCUACCUCUUCCUCCCCGACAUCUUUAUCAAACAAGGUUCUUCUCCUCAAGAAGCUUCCUUCCUCUUCUCCAUGGUAGGAAUAGGAGGAGCCCUGGCAAGACUUCUCGGGGGAUUCGCUGCCAAUGACCCAAAUAUAGGACCUUCUGUUCUAUUCUCAGGAACAUAUGGUGUCAUAGCAACUAUAGACUUUUUCAUUUGGCCGAUGACGAAGACAAUGGUUGGGAAGGUAGCGUAUGCCUUUAUGUUCGGCCUGUAUGCUUCAGUGGGCUGGGUGCUAAUCAACCCCCUCACUCUGCAUAUCGUUGGGGUGAGGAACCUCGCCUCUGGAUACGGGAUUGCGAUGUUUACCUCAGGAGUAGGAACUCUCGUGGGACCUCCCAUAGCAAGUGUAAUUGUUGAAGCGUACGGGAAAUAUCAAGAGGCUUUUUACUUUGCUGGUUCCAUGUUCUUCGUGUCGUCCGUGUGUGGUCUGAUGGUAGUAGUGCUGAAGAAGACGCAGUCGGACGUGCCGGAGGAGAAGCCUGACGUCCCGGAGUUGCAGAUUCAGACUGACGGGAAAGACCACGCCCACCACGUUGAUGAAGUCACUGUCGUCAUCAUGUGUCCCAGCACAGACCAUCACCUCAGUCCACGUGCAUCAUCCGGAAAACUAAAUCCCUCAUUUCAAGAAGAAAUUUCAAAUUGAAAAUAUAUUCAUACUUAGUUUUGUUCAGAAAAAUGGAAUCUCAACGUAUUUUUGAUAAAUUCCUAGAAUAGGCCGACAUUGGUUAUUUUUAUGCAGCACAAAAAGGAGUUUCCAAGCUGUUUGUAAAACCGUCUUUACAGAAGAACAAAUGUGAGUGAGUAAGUGAGUUUGGUUUACCCCCGCUUUGAACACCACUACAUCUG